AUGUUUGACAGCUCGCAGUACCCCUACAACUGCUUCAACUACGACGCCGACGACUACCCUGCCGGCAGCUCGGACGAGGAAAAGCGGCUUACGCGGCCCGCGUACAGCUACAUCGCACUGAUCGCCAUGGCCAUCCAGCAGAGCCCCGCGGGCAGGGUGACUCUGUCGGGCAUCUAUGACUUCAUCAUGCGCAAGUUCCCCUACUACCGCGCCAACCAGCGUGCCUGGCAGAACUCCAUCCGCCACAACCUGUCGCUCAACAGCUGCUUCGUUAAGGUGCCGAGGACCGAGGGCCAUGAGAAGGGCAAGGGCAACUACUGGACGUUUGCAGGCGGUUGCGAGUCGCUACUGGACCUCUUUGAGAAUGGGAACUUCCGCCGGCGGCGCCGGAGACGCGGCCCCAAGCGCGAGAGCCCUAGGGCACUGCGCACUGGAGCCAAUGAAGGGUCCCUGGGUCAGCCGGAGUCAGCGGCGCGCGAGUCCCCGACUCCAGACGGAGCGUCUGCCCUGGGUCAUGAGGCCCCAACCCCUGCUGACCCUGCAGCUCUGGGAAAGGAGGGCCACAGAGACAUCAAGUUCAGCAUCGACUACAUCCUCUCCUCCCCAGACCCCUUUCCAGGGCUCAGGGCACCCUGUCUGCUGCAGGAGAGCAACUUCCCCCGGAUCCAGAAUCUGGGGAUGGAUGUCCACUGCAUGCACCAUCACCAAGGGGCACCCACCAUCUCUCCCCCGAGAGGUAAACGCGUCUGCGAAGUCCGCAGCCUCCCUCCAAGAGCAUGCGCGCACCUGCCCUCCGCAGGUGAGGCCAAGAGGGUGCACGGCCGCAGCACUCCACUAGGCGGCAGCAGAACGCCAGGGAUGAGCAGCACCGCGACCCUGGAGCGGGGCGGGGACGAUGUGGUGGGCAACUCGGCCGCCCCGGCCACGCUCGAACCUCCAGGCCACGCCCAUUUGCAUGUCGGGCCCGCCUACCUCUCCAGCCACACCCAGGUUACGCCCCCAUUGACCACAUCCUGGCUCCAGCCCAGGGGUCCCCAGGACUCGGGACCUGCCCGAGACCCGCCCUUCUCUCGGGGGCCACGCCCCUUAAAGGCCACGCCCCUCCGGAUGAACUACUGGGGCAGGGGUCGGUGGGUGGUCCGGCUGGAGGAGGGGUCCCGCUGUUGA